AUGCCGAAAGAAAAGAACUACAAUCCCGUGCAAGAAGCCAAAAAGGCCGAAAAGCAAAAGCAACUCCGCAAGCAAAAAGCCAAUCUCCAGACGCAGCGCAAUGAGAAACUCGCGCGCCGAAACCCGAAUCGCCUACAGCGCGAUAUCGAAAACCUCAAGGAACUCGAUCAGAACGGCUCGAUACGGCCACAUGAGCGACAACGGUUACAGGAGCUGGAGAAGGAUCUCGCGGCGGUGAACAAGGCGCGCGCAGCAUUAGGAGACAAAGCGCCUGUCUUCAAGCCAGAACGACGGUUCGACAAUGACGACAGAGGGGAACGAGGCGACCGGGGAGGCAGAGGCGGCAGUAGAGGUGGUGGUGUCUUGGGCAAGCGAACAAGAGACGGACACCGAAAGGCCGACGACAGCAGCGACACGGACGACGACGUAAAACACAUUCCCAUGCCCCGUGAUACACCACCGCCUAUACCCCGACACUACCAAGCCCGCGACCCACAAACCGAAGAAGCGCCCCAAGAACCCAAGAAACCCACGAUUGUAUACGAGGCCGCGCCCCAGGUCCGCAAUCUGCUCAAGGAAGCUACCAGGUUUAUGCCUGCGUCAGUGGCGCAGAAGGUGAAGUUGGCAAAGGGCGAGGGUCGUUUGUUGGAGCCCGAGGAAUUCGACAAGUUGAGGGAAGAGGGGUACAUGGAUGAGAACAAGGCGCGUGCAGAAAGCAAGGGUGCAGAAGAGGAUGAUGAACUCGAGGCUUUCUUGAAGAGUACCUCGGGUGGUGAGAUGGCAGAGAAAGCGGCAGAGGCUGCAGUGCAAGAGGCAGAGUACGAUAUGAUGGCGGCUGAGGCCAAAGGACAGAUGAGGGGCAUAUCGAAGGAAGCUGCAGUGGCGGAGAACACGCUCAAGCAUGUGGAGAUUGAAGAAGUAGAGGAUGAGGAUUUGUAG